GGUCAGACGAACCAGCUUCUAUCCAACGUUUCCAUCGUUCGUGUUUGGCGUCAGUAGGAAGCUGCGCCAUCCGCUUGGCUGUUGAAAGAUUGACAUAAAAAGCCAGAGGGCUAUAUAAAGUCUCAUCACUUUCCUCUCUUGAACGGAGGACAACAGACAACAGGAAAACAGUGAAGCGACCUCGUUACUAACAACAACCUUACCGCUCGAACCAGCUACGAGAAUAUAAGAACGAACGUCUUCCAACAUGACCGACUGGCUCAACAAUCUCUACGCCGUCUACGGCGACCACGAAAACGAGAAACCCAGCAACACCAUCCCCGUCAUUGACGAUAAGAACGGCGACAUCAACGCGGGCUUCGGCGGGAAGUACGUCUGGCUGGUGGCCAACUAUCUCCAGGACCCGCAGAACUGCCUACACAACAUCAAGGUGGUGUUCUCGGACACGGAGAAGCCAGGCCAGAUGGACCUGGCCAAAGGGGCCGGGGGACAAUACCGCUACCUGGAGACCUCGACCGUGGCCGCGGAGGGCUUCGGGAUUUCGAACCUGAAGCUCCUGCGGAGCACGGAUGAGAUGAGCAGCACCGAUCUUGGAGGGCGGGGAUAUCGCGGAUGGACGACGGAUAUUAAUGCAGGUCGGGGAGGGGAUUAUCUGUAUCUGGUCUGGAGGAAUGGUUGAGUACUGGUGCUUUAUAUGAUUGAGGGGAUGGAAUGGUGCUUCUAGGGCUCCGGCAUAGGAAUUACCAUUUUGACUUUGAUUGUUUGGCUCCGUCAAUUGGGAGUCUUGGUCAUAUGUUUAUCUGCAAGUCGAAC